AAAGUAAAACAAAGCCAGCCAAAGCCAUCGGAGACCGAAGCUCUUGUGGUCUUUGUUGGACCCCACAUCACCACUGUCCCUCAUUUUUUGAUCAUAUUUCUAAUAAAAUUAAAAAGCUCAAGACUUUAAGACAGAUAACCCACUUUCAAUCUUCUUUCUCCCUGCCCAAUUCAUCUCUCAUGGAGGACUUUCGAAGAUCAAGGUCUUAUGCAAAUGGGCAAAUGAUGCAGAUUGAAAGUUACUAUGGAGCUCCCAGGCCUUAUGAUCUCAGGAGUUAUAGUGCUUCCUAUUCCUAUUCACAAACUCAAAUGGGUCCUAAGGACUUGAAGUUGAAGAAAGGAAAAAGCAUUUCAGCAGGGUCUUCUUUCUCCAAGUCUUGGAGCAUCGCUGAUCCUGAGCUUCAGAGGAAAAAGAGGGUUGCCAGCUAUAAAAUGUAUUCUGUGGAAGGGAAGAUCAAAGGGUCAUUCCGAAAGAGCUUCAGGUGGCUUAAGAAUAAGUACUCGCAAGUGGUUUAUGGCUGGUAGUGGUUUAAUUGCUACUUGCAGUUCAAUUUCUGCUUUUACAAAUCUAAAUUGAUUGGUGUUCAUGAGGAGAAUUGUAGAUUAAUCAUUGAUGGGUUAUGAUCGGUUUGCUUGUGUUUGUCCAAACUUUUUGUUUAUAUGUUAAAUAACCUGUUGCCUAUUGGGUCCUUGAAGAUCUUCUGAGGGAUGAAAUGAAAUUAUAUUUAUUUUGCUGUUCAUGAUUUUUAAUCAUAUGUAGUGAUGUUUCCAUUGAAUGAGACUUCUGU